AUGAGUCAGUUGUCCUUCCACAGCCUGGCCAUCCAGCAGCACCAUCAGCCCAUCUCCAGAGGUCAUAGCUGUAUAGUCCUGAUGGACAUCGUGGCGGCUGAUGACUGCAGAUAUAAGUUUCACAACUCCCGCUGGAUGGUGGCCGGCAAGGCGGACCCGGAGAUGCCCAAACGCAUGUACAUCCACCCGGACAGCCCGGCCACCGGCGAGCAGUGGAUGUCCAAAGUGGUCAACUUCCACAAACUGAAACUCACCAACAACAUGUCCGAUAAGCAUGGAUUUACAAUUCUCAACUCGAUGUACAAAUACCAGCCAAGAUUUCACAUAGUGAAGACAAAUGAUGUCGUGAAGCUGCCGUACAGCACCUUUAGGACAUACAGCCGGUAA